CUCAGUGUGUACGGAAGUGCUGCCGCAGCAUGAACGGAGGUGAACACUGAGAUGUCCAAACACGUUUUUCUCACAGGACCUCCAGGUGUGGGGAAAACCACGCUGGUCCAGAAAGCCUGUGAAGCUCUGGCGUCCUCCGGAGUGGGAGUUGAAGGUUUUUACACGGAGGAGGUCAGAGAGGGGGGCCGCAGAGUCGGCUUUGAUGUGGUCACAGUGAGAGGAGAGAGGGGCCGGCUGUCCAGAAUCAGAGACGCUUCCGCUCCAUCUCAUGGCAGACGGGAAUACACGGUCGGACAGUACGUGGUCGACUUGUCUUCAUUUGAAAACAUGGCUCUCCCCCUCUUCAGAAAUGUGGGUUCAGCAGCAGAUGAGGGCAGCAGGAAGGUGUUUGUCAUCGAUGAGAUCGGUAAAAUGGAGCUCUUCAGUCAGUCGUUCAUCAGAGCGGUGAGGCAGACUUUAGACAGCUCCUCCUGCACCAUCCUGGGAACCAUCCCCGUCCCAAAGGGGAAACCUCUGGGCCUGGUGGAGGAGGUGCGGGGCAGGAGGGAUGUGAAGGUCUUCACUGUGAGUGUGUCAAAGGAAAACAGGAACUCUCUCCUACAAGACGUCAUCGCCGCGCUGGAGCUCUGUCUCAAACAAACAAGCUAAUCCUCAAAAUGGAUUACAUGCUGAAUAAUUGAUUGUGAGAUGGAAGGCAGCGAGGGAAUAGUUCAGUUAGUGUGUAAAUAACCUGCGCUUGCACGCUCCAACACGGCGGCUCGCAUGCAAAGCAGAUCAGAUUUAUUUUUAUUUCCUGUUGGUCUCACAGCAGAUAUUUCUCUUUUAUCCGGUUAUACUGUUCGUUCUGCACAGGAACACGUCGUGCUCUCUCUCUCUCGGCCUUCCAGUUUUCUGCGCUCUCGUGUUCGUCCACUCGACCUGACGAUGAGCUCGUGGAGAUCGAUCAAUAUUUAACCGUGCAACGAUGUCCAAUCCAUUCAUGGUUAAUUCAUAUCUAGUGUGAACAAGAAAAUGGAAAAAAUAAACAGUUAUUGUCCCUGAGCGGUGA